AGUGUGUGAGUGUGCGUGCGUGCGCGUGUGUGUCUGCUCUGCUGUUGCUGCCCUUUGAUCCCUGCAUUAGUGUUAGUUAGGGGCUCGGAGACACACUUGCACCGAGAGCAGCCAUAGUCAAGACACGGCAACAACAACAGCGGCACCUCCUCCGCCUGUGUUCCCAUUCCCCCCUCCAACAAUACACUUUAAACCGAGCAAAGCCAGGUGCACGACCAAGUCCCUGCCAUCACUGGCGCCUCCAGUCUCAAUGGGAAAAACCUUUUUUCUUCUUAUCCCCAAACAAGGACGAGAAUGUGAUUAAAAACGGGGGAAAAUGCCAAGGAGGAAGCAGGAGCAACCCAAGCGCCUGCCUUCACAUUUGGACAGCACCGAGGAAGGAGGGCCAGAUGACGGUCCUGUUGAGGAGGAAGGCUGGUUUGGGAAUGCUUCUGACACACGCUCAGAGUCGUCGUCCUAUGGAGACACCCAGGAUGAGCUCCUCCUGGCCAGGGGUUCCUCUCCUGAUGAACGGCCUGGAAUCAGCACUGGAUCUGCGGACCCAGAUAACUGCGGGGGUGAGAGCUCAUUGGGUUGCCCCACACCCAUCCAUCGUGCCUCUUUGGAACUUCUCGGACUGGAUGGAGGUGCAUUCUCGACCCAGGACACACUCUCUUCUGUGGUAUCAUCACUGUAUGGUGAGGCAGCAUCUCGUGCCCUGGGCAAACCCCUCAGCAGCAACCUACGGCGCCUCCUAGAGGCUGGGUCGCUGAAACUUGACACUGGGGAUCUCCUGGGUCGGUCAUCUAGGGGAGGUGCUGGGGGAGAGUCUCCACCAAUAGGUCUAGCCCCACCUUUGACCCUCUCCCCGUCUUCCCAUCAUGCCCAGCAGUUAAGUGCUCUUGCUCGAAAACUGGCCAAUAACAACAACAACAGCGGCUCAGCCUCACCAGCCUCCUUGGCACCCUCAAUUACCAACAUCAAGCAAGAGCCCCAUGACCCCUUUAACUCUGUCACUCCAAGCAAUGGCAGUGGCUUUGUAUGGGCAGGUGUUGCAGAUAAGUGGCCACCAGCCAGCUGUUCCACGCCCUGCGGCUCUAGCCUUUCCCCGGACUCUGCAAUCCAGAAGUUAAAAGCAGCAGCAAAUGCUGUGCUUCAAGACAAGAAUGCCGUGGCCUCCUCCUCAACAAAUUCGUCGUCGUCCUCCACCUCUGCCUCAUCUGCAGUGCCCGCUCUUGGAGGGGGUGGUCGAGGAGAUGAUGUGGUGCGCUUUGAUGCCUUCAACUCUCCGUUCAGCCCACAGUCAGCUAGCUCUACCCUUGCCGCACUUUCCAAGAAAGUCAGUGAGAGGAGCCAAGCCUCGUCAACGGCCAGUGCUCCUGCUGACCACCAAGGCUCAGCCAGCUCCUUUCUCUCACUUGUGUCAAUGACCUCCUCGGCUGCCUUGCUCAAAGAGGUGGCAGCCAGGGCAGCGGGAAACCUGCUGGCAGAGAAGAAGGAGGGUUCCUCCUUGGCGACGCCUGGGGUCCUCCAAGAGGAUGUGAAGCCGCUGCUGGACAAAAACCAGAAGGCUCCAACGCCUUCACCAACCCAGAGCCUAGAGUUGUUGUUGCCGUCUACUCCAAAGGGCAGAGGCAAACCAAACAGCCAAGCAGGCUCCCCUGAGGAUGGAGGCAAACCGUUUCAGUGUCCUGUGUGUGGACUGGUCAUCAAACGCAAGAGCUAUUGGAAGAGACACAUGGUCAUCCACACAGGCUUGAAAAGCCACCAGUGUCCCUUGUGUCCCUUCCGCUGUGCUCGCAAAGACAAUCUUAAGUCCCACAUGAAGGUACAUCAGCACCAGGACCGGGGUGAGACGUUUCAGUGUGAACUUUGCCCGUUCACCUCCUCCCGUCACUUCAGCCUGAAGCUUCACAUGCGCUGCCACCAGCACUUCCCCCGCACAGACGUCAAGGUGAAAGAGGAGCUCACCACAGACACGGAGGGCGAGGGCUCCCUGAUGGGUGACAGUGGCUCGGCAGACCUGAGGGGGACUGAGGUGUCCCCGCUGCAUUCAGACACUCAGCAGCAGACGUCGCCUCCGAUCGAGGCCUCCUCCAAUCACAUCCAUAUCAAGGAGGAGCCACAGGAGAGAGAUCUGUCUGUGCUCUCCCCCUUUAGCAUGUCCAGGGACCGUCCCAGCAGCAGUGCCAACUCCUUGGACCUGCCUGGAGUUGGGGUAGGAGUCGGGGUCAGAUCCAGUCCGAGUGGUCCAACCACAGCCUCCCUCUUCAGCCCUGACAUUAGUACCAAGACGGCUACUGAUCUGCUUAUGAAGCUCUCAGCGGCCAACCAGAGAGAGACCCUCAAGUCUCCUUUCCACCUGAAGGAAGAGCCCAAAGUGGAGGAGGCGCUGAGCCCCAGACCAUCCUCUCAAUCCCAGAGCCAGGUCCAGCCAAGCUUCCCGGCGUCUUUCUGCCAGGACGGACCAGUGGGGACAGCAGCAGCGACUGAACGCCCGGGGCCACUGAAACCAAGGGAAGGAAGUCCCAUGGCGAAGAACAGCUUGCUGAGCCAGGAUAUCAACGUCAAGGUGGCUUCUGAGCUGCUGAUUAAGCUCUCAGAGAACAACAAAGAUGCCCACUUCCAGAAGGUGAAGGUAAAGGCAGAGCCCAUGGAGGUGGACCCGCCCCCCACUGAACUCACCCCACCUGCCUCUCACCUGCUGGCCUUCAGCACUUUAGGGGCGAGCGAGAAGAGUGAGCCGAUGAGCAACCUCCCUGAGACGCUGGCCCGCCCCCAGAAAGACCUCUUCUCCCAGGACAUAUCGGUCAAAAUGGCCUCUGAACUACUGUUCAAAUUGUCAGAAAAAGUCAGCAAAUCCAACAACCACAAAGAUGGUAACAUGGUGGGAAUAAACAGUCCGUUCCUGGACGAGUGCUUCAGACAAUCACCCUUUAACUCGCGCUCCAAGAGCUCUUCCCCCGCAGAGGCAAGCUCUUCUACCAGAGCAGCAUUUCAUGACUCAGAGAGGGAUGAUGGGGAGCCGGGAAACGGGAUCGCCCAGUGGAGACUAAACGAACAGCUCUUCCCCUGUCCUGUCUGUGGCAAGGUGUUCGGUAGACAGCAGACUCUUUCAAGACAUCUAUCGCUACACACAGAAGAGAGGAAGUACAAGUGUCACCUGUGUCCUUACGCAGCCAAGUGCAGGGCUAACCUCAAUCAGCACCUGACCAUCCACUCUGUCAAGCUGGUCAACACAGACGCUGAGCAGAUUGUCAGCGCUGUUACAGCUGACGCCGCCGAGCGCAAGAACUGCCCCUACUACUACAGCUGCCAUGUGUGUGAUUUCCAGACGGAGCUGAACGCCCAGUUUGUCAGCCACAUGUCGCUCCAUGUGGACAAGGAGCAGUGGAUGUUCUCGCUCUGCUGCAGCGUCUGUGACUACGUCUGCAUGGAGGAGAACGACAUGAAGAACCACAUUAGUACCGGACACGCAGGUCUGACCUCAAGGAGUCCCCUCAGCGAGACCAAGAGCACCUCCUCGUCUCUCUCGGCCCUCAGCGAUUCACUCAACAGCUCGGAGGGCGGAGACCUCACCCACGGUAACGAAGAGCUCAGGGGCCUGCUAGCCCCGCCCUCCUCCGCAGGCAGCCAGUCCAGCUCUGGAAGCCACUCAGGAUCAGGAACUGAGGACAAGUCUGACAAAGGCUUUGAGUGCGUCUUCUGCAAUUUUGUGUGCAAGACACGUAACAUGUACGAACGGCACCUCCAGAUCCACCUCAUCACGCGAAUGUUUGAGUGUGACGUCUGCCACAAGUUCCUCAAGACGCCCGAGCAGCUGCUGGAGCACAAGAAGUGCCACACCGUCCCCUCCGGAGGGCUCAAGUGCCCUUUCUGCAUCUACUCCACCAAUCGUCCAGCGGCCAUGGAGUGCCACCUUAAGACGCACUGUAAGAUGGAGUACCGCUGCCGCAUCUGCCAGGGACUGUGGCCCGACCAGGCCUCAUUGGAGGCCCACAUGCGCGGGCACCGCCUGGGCAACCACUACAAGUGUGAGCAGUGUGGCUACUUGUCCAAGACGGCCAAUAAGCUGAUCGAGCAUGUGCGUGUGCACACAGGCGAGCGGCCCUUCCACUGCGACCGCUGUUCUUAUAGCUGCAAGCGCAAGGACAACCUCAACCUGCACAAGAAGCUGAAGCACGCGCCGCGCCAGACUUUCGGCUGCCAAGAGUGCCCUUUCACCACCACACACCCCUUCGUCUUCAGCCGCCACCUCAAGAAACACCAGAGUGGAGGAGCGGGGGGACUGGGCGGAGGCUUAGGAGGAGAAGAAGAGGAGGACGAUGAGGAGGCAGGAGAAGAGGAGCUGCCACUCCAGGGAACAUCACUGGGAGGCUCAUCGUCGCGGAAGAGCCAGGAGAAUUUCCUGUUCAGCGGAGGAGGAGGGAGCAGCGGGGGGAGUGGGAGUAACAGCCCUCUCAUGAGUCUAACAGCAUCCCAGGCGCUCCAGUCCGUCGCCCUGUCACUCACGCUGGGUAAGUCCCGCCAGCCGGACGCCACCAGCCCUCUGCACUGCUUGGUCAGCACUAACGGCAACAAUGCCACCAGAAACCUCGGCGGUCCGAGCAGCGGCGGCCCCUCCCUCUUCCUCCCCUCCUCCCGCCACGUGUUCGAGCAGUACAGGAACUGCGACCAGGCGCACCUGAUCCCCCUCACCACCUUGUUCACCCACAACAGCCGCUUCACAUUCCACUCGCACCUCCACUCCAGAUGGCGGCCCGCCACAUCUCCUCUCCUCUUCUCCUCCAACUCGGUGUCCCCCUCCCGCUCUCCAUCCUCACCCACCUCCCACAAACACUCCUUCCUGGCCUACCUGGGACUGAUGGAGAGGGCCAAGACUGUUUGACCUCGCCCACCUCCUCUCCUCCGCCUCUCCACGCUCUUUCCCUCACUCCUCGGACGGUGGUGUGAAUGACACUUGACCACUGCAGUGGGAGCAAAUGUCUUUUCCAAUCAGACCAGCAGAAUAAGCUGGACCAGACAAACAUAUUGAAGAAAAGAAAAGAAAAAAACAUUUAUAAGAGAAAAAGGCUGUACAUGCUAAAAAUGCAUUUAUAUCAAAAAGCUGCUUUUCUUAUCAGUUCUAUCAAUUGAAUUAUUACUACUUCAACUACUACUCUCUAUUACCUUUUUGUUUUUCUGUUUUUAAAUGUCUGAAUGACCUGGACCCAGUUGCAUUAUCUGAGGAAACUAAUGUAUCUCAGUUUUAUAGACAUUUUCUUUAGUCGUUUGACGAGAUAAAAGUUGAAAAGACGAAACAAAACUUGCAAGUGCUAUAUUUUAGUGCAUUUUUGUCUAUUGCUAUUAUGCAUCGAAAUAGCAUGCCUGUUUCUGUGAUUCAACUAGCUUUGACGUCAUUAGGAAGCUAAAAAUUCGAGAUAUCCUGAAGUGUUAGCGGUGCAACGUGGACAGAACCAAUGAAACGGAAUGCUUUUCAUUGACAAAGGCACGUUUCCAAAGCAACGCCUCAAAACCACGCACUUACUUAUUUAUCAGUCUUGUACAUAGUUUUGUAGCCCUCCCCCCUCCAUCUUUUCGAUUUCUGUUGGUUUUUUGUAUAAUGGUGAAACCAUAUUAUGCAUAGCUGCCGCCUGAUAGCACCUCUGCCUCAGAAUAAAUCCCAUUCGAAUGGUUUCCUAGCUAAGUUUUUGUAAGCUCACGCAACAGAAGAUAAGCUGUGAUGAUGUAAAUAAGAAAUAUUCAAUCGGACCUAUCACGACGAGAAUCAGUACAGAUUUAGUCCUUUAUAAUUAGAUGUGAAUAUAAAUUGCCAAUGAAUUUGCACUCAUAGACAAAAACAUGAAUUCUUUCUGAGACCAGGUGGAUAUCAGAGCAGCUUCGUAUGCAGAACUAUGUACGACGCACCUAUACUUAGAAGAGAUAUAUGAGAUAACUGUUUUGUGGAGGUGACCGGCUCCGGGUUAGCGAGCUACCCGCAAGGCACGGUCACCACAGGCCGAUUCAAUGGUGCUUUUUGGAGCUUUUUGUAAUUUUUUGUGUACAAAAAAAAGAAAAAAAAACUGUUCCAAAAUGACUUGAAUGAAUGUAUUUUUGUUUAUGUACAUGAAAAAUGAAGCGAUACAGAAGUGUGAACAGGGACGUCUUCUGUGCUGGAAAAAGACGGGAAAGUUAGUGUGUUUGGUGGCCUUCUGUGUCUUUUUUUGGUUUUUAUUUUGUUGUCUUGCAUUUUUUUUUUUUUUUACUUUUUUACUGAGCCUUUUACAUCAUAAUAAAACAUUUUCUACUAACAUUCAUAGAGAACCCAUUGUGAGAAGAAGAAAAAAAAGAAAAUCUCCUGUAGGUGCAAUGAUGAAGCAAAGCCAUUCACUUGUACAGCAUUGUGUUCAAUGGCACUGGCUUCUGUUAGGCCGGCAGACAUGGUACUGCUUUUUGCCCCCUCCUCCUCUUCCUCCUCCUGUCAACCUUUUGAGUUUUAAUUGCACUUAAUGUAGUCACACUUCAAGCCAAAAGCACUUAAACCUUUAAUUUUCCACUUUUUUUUUUUUCGUAAGUGCAAACUUAGAUCCACCAAGUUACCGUACUGUGAAAUGGACAGUAGUUGCUGGAAAAUCACUCAAUCAUCACCCCUUAGUUUCGCACGUAGACAUUUCUAGCGGUGCAAAAGGGUCUGCCUCUGUGAAAUCGGAGAAAGUAAAUGAAUACAAAUUGCGUGAAUUAGACAGUAGAGGUCAAGCUCUCCCUGGGAACUAAAGGUCCCAGGCUAAAUUGUGAUGAGCCAAUUUUGCACAGUGCUGCACUUUUUGAUUCAGAGAAUAUGUAUUUAUCCGUAAGAUGCUCAAAAAGAAGUAUGUGAUAGGGGCAGCAUAGUGCAAGCGUUUUAUUUUGAAAGAAACAAAGCUUUACCCAUUAUGGAUAGCACUUGUGUUUGUAAGUGGUCUUCAAGCCAAAAUCCCUUAUUUGUAAAGGGAUUGUUUUUUUAUUAUUAUUUUCAUUAUGUUUUCCUUUUGUCUUAUUUUACUCAUGCAUUUUUCUGAUUAUGAAUCAUUGUUGCUUCUCUCUCUUUUUUUUUUCUUUUUCUACUUAGAACAUGUCAGAAAAAAAGAAGUGUUGAUUGGACAGAGAACAUGAAUUUGAACAAGACCAAAAUGUUAAACUCGCCGCAAGAUGUGAUGUUAGGAUCGAAUCCGUCACUUCCUGCUCUGGAGCGAUGCCUCGAUUGUCCCCCUUUACACUGCUGUGUGUUUGUUCCUUUUUUUUUUUCUUUUUUUUUUUUGCUCUGUCAAUGUCUGGCAUGCUGUCUCUGGAGUGAAAGGAGCAUCCCUCCAACACACACACACACACACACACACACACACACUCUCUCUCUCUCUCUCCUUGUACUAUCUACGUUAUCUUUUAUACUCUAGUGCCACUUGGUGGAAGGAAACCACCUGAGACUUCUGAGAAUGAGUCAAACUAAUUGUCAGGGUCCAAAAGACAAAAAAAAGAUGGAGAUAUAAAAAAAGACAAGUGCUCACUCUUGACACCUUUUUAAAAAUGUUUGCCUUUUAUUACAGCAUUAAUCAUGAAUGGCUGCACUUCUUUAUGUCCCCCUCUAGUUCGAGUGUAAUGUUUAGAAAAAGGCAACAGGGCUCUAUCCUUUUGAAAAUCCAGUUUUCUUAAGCACUUAUUCUGUUUAUUUCUGCCCGUAUGUAAAGCAGCACAGUGACUUUUUUUUUGUUUUUUUCCAAAAAGCUUGACUACCUUUUCAGCACUUCAGGAGUAUGCAUGACAUUUCCCUCUCUCUUGUUCUUCAGCACUUAAUUGUGUUUAAAACUAACUCCCUCGGUUGCAUUUAGUUAGCAUCACACUGCACUGUCUAUACAAUCAGUUAGCUUUACGUUUGGCUGUAUUUUAUGAUUAGAAAAAAAAGGCUCAACUAUCUUAUCUUUUGGCACUCGGUAAAGAUUGGUAUGUGCUGUACAAAGCUUUUUUUUAUUACUCCAUUGUUAAGGCUGUACAGGGUUGUGACGAUAACUGGUAAAUAGAUCAUUUGUACUUUUUUUUUUUUUUUGGUUUUGUAUUUGUUUUUCUUUAUUUGGCAUUCUUUUAUGUUCAACUUGCCAGAUCUAAAUGUAACAGGAUUUGAAAGUAAAGCUUACAUCAGAUAUUA